ACGCAACAACAACUAGACCCAUGCACUAGCUAUAAGAGGAAGCUAGUACAGUAGUCUCUGUAUGGACAUCAUGGCAGAGGCGAUGAAGACACAAAGGCAUAUGUUGUCGGAGGUAGGAAAAGAAAAAGACAGCAAAAAAAAGCAAAAGACCAAAAAAGAGUCAGUCUCGGACUGGCCUUUACUCGUCUGUGAGAGCUUAAAGUUACAAAAGGAUUCAAAUCAGAUGCCGAGCUGGCCUUUUUUCUGUUGGACUAGUCAGUACUAACUUAUUAGUUGUCUUGCUAUGUUUUGUGUUGAGCUUGCUUAAUGUUUGAAUCCUUUAGGACAGUUGUCGACUCACUAGUUUUCAUUAUAAACAUCCCUACCAAUGUUAUUUAUGAAAGAAUUCGACGUAGGCUGUAACCUUAAUGGUGUCAUCCCUGUCUCACGGAGAUUUUGAGUGUCUAGUGAAACCCCUUCUGCCAUACAUGGCAUGAUCUUAAGUAUAAAUCUUUAGUCCACAUCACUGCUUUUUUCUGGCAAUGCACUUUUUUGGUGUUUUUCGAUUGUCUGCCAUUGCUGUAAAUUGCUUCUGACGAAAGGUCAAUUGACCUCUGAAGAUGACUUACAAAUGCAGCCACACUGAAAAUGACGUUGAAUACUGCAAUCACAGUAUUUCCAAAAACUGGUCUGUCUGUGUCUCCUCCCUCCCUUUGUUGCAUAGAUAUAGCAAGCCAGUUAAGCAGGAUCAUAUGAGACAGACAACUAAGAUAUAACGAUGAAUCGGAUCCGCAUCCACGUCCUGCCUUCCAACAGGGGGCGUAUAGUGCAGCCAGUACGCCCUGUUGAGCCUCAGACCUGCUCUUAUAGUCACCGUCCAUGCUCUCAACCACGCCUUGAUGGCCUUGAGUUCUGCAUCAAACAUGUGCUUGAGGACAAGAGCGCCCCUUACAAGCAAUGCAGCUAUGUCUCCAAUAAGAAUGGAAAGCGUUGUCCAAAUGCAGCCCCCAAGCCAGAAAAGAAAGAGGGGGUGGCUUUUUGUGCAGAGCACACCCAUAGAAAUGCACUGGCCCUGCAGGCACACCUGAGGAAGGCUUCCUCCGGUCCGUCCCCAGAGUUGCUUCUUUCCCAGCUGAGUAGUUAUGGCCAGAGCAACUCUGAAGUCUACAGUCUGGAGUGCACAGAUGAGGACAGCUGGAGUGAAGAGGAACAGGACCCUGUAGUUCUGGAUCAAACAUGGAGAGGCGAUCCAGAUAGUGAAGCAGACAGCAUUGACAGUGACCAUGACGACCCUCUCAAACACGCAGGUGUUUAUACAGCUGAGGAGGUAGCUCUGAUCACACGGGAGAAACUCAUCCGGUUGCAGUCCCUCUACAUUGACCAGUUCAAACGUUUACAACAUCUGCUAAAAGAAAAGAAGAGACGCUACUUGCAUAGCCGUAAACUGGAGCAUGACACCAUCAGCAGCAGCUUGUUGACUGGGCCAGAGGGUCUGUCCGUGAAGGAGCGGGAGAACCUGCGCAAGCUGAAGGCUCUGCGAAGAUACCGGUACCGCUAUGGUGUUGAAGCACUGCUCCAUCGCCAGCUCAGAGAGCGACGGCAGGCAGUCACGGAUGGAUCAUCACAGGCUCACUGUUUUCGCCUCAGUCAAAGGUGUAUCUCUUUCGUGGAGGGCACGCGCUGCUCCAGUCAGUGCCUCCCCAUGACCAGACACUGUGUGUCUCAUAUUUAUCAAGACAGCAGCCAGGUUCUAUUCAGGAUGUGCCCUGGUCUGAAGGAUAUGCCUUGUGAUCGCCCAGUUCACAUGGGUCAAUCGGAGGAACCUCACUGUCCACUGCAUUUGUCCCUGCCAUCGCCUAUGUACCGUCCUGAAGAAGCACCCCUGACACAGUCACCAUUGCUGCCCACCCCCUCUGAGCUGUAUCUGAGCACUGCUGAGCUGCAACCAACAGAAAACCUCCCCCUGGAGUUCAGUGAUGAUUUGGAUGUGGUUGGAGAUGGUCUGCAGUGCCCCCCCUCCCCACUGCUCUUUGACACCGCACUGGCUCUAGAGGACCAGAGCAUACGCGCCAUCGCCGAAGCCCCAAUGGAUAUCCUGACAGAGGUGGAGUCAUCUGAACUGGAUGUCCGUGUCCCAGGAGCAGAUAUCUUGGAGAGGGAACAGGGAUCUGCGGAAGAGAAGAUUCUCUCAGGAAGGAAGGAGACCAGAGAACCAGCAGGGACAGCCCAGCAAAACUCAACACAGAACUUGCAAGCCAAGGGACACAGGACAAGGGUGUAGCCUGUACCCCAUGAUGGAUCAAAGGACAGAACGUGCUUGUUCUAAAUCUACUGCUUCCUGUCUCAUUCCCCCACAACUUUCAAACGUCUCACUAUCGGAAAUUGAGAGCUUUCAAUUCACCUGUUCUUGUGUGGCUGUUGGAUUUUGGGAUGCAUCACUUUGAGCAUGACAUGUUAUUCCCUCUGUACAUUGCACUGCAAAGAAAUCCUGUCUUAAUCUUAACCGCUUCAAUUAGGUUCUUGUCUGAAAAAUUAUUUUAAUGUUUGUUUGGAAUUGAAUCACCUAAAUGUAAAAAUAUUGUUGCUGGGCCGUAAAAAAGGGUGGAAAAGUAUUGGCUUUGUUAUGUAUUUGAAGCAGAAGGAAAAGGCUUUUGGAGUUACCGUGCUUUUUAGUAUUAAUAGUGAUUGCAUGUCAUUUGAAAAUAACAAUUUUAGAUUGUAUUUGUUUAAAGAAAAGGGAAGAUGUGUGCUUAUUUUCAGUGCACAAGUAUCCACCAAUACAAGCAAAUUUAACACUGUUUAAAUUCUGUUAUAGGGUGGAGGGAUAUUUGCAGGUACCUACUAACUGUAUAAAACCAUCUGUCUCUUAACGUCCCGGCAUCCUAAUACACUUACAUAGUAGGGGUACAGUUGAAUAGUCAGAAAAUGGGAGGUACAGUAGUCAAGACUGAAUCCAGGACGAUUUUGAGACCAAGGCAUCUAGUUUGGUGGUGGGAAAUGGGGUGGGGAUUACUGUAUUCUGCCCCGGUGGAUUGUGUUGAGCUUCAGCCAUUUCUUAAAUACAAAUCAAAAUUUUGGUUGAUCUGGUCAAUAAACAUCACCUUAUUCCCAUUA